AUUAAAUUACUUCCCAAAACUUCUGCACACACACACACCCAUGCUGUGUGAUCCCCAGGGGAUUUGAUAGUUUCCCACGUCCCCUCCCACCCCGCCUAUAGAUCAGGCAUCAUCCUCUGGAGAUGUAACUUUUCCCCUCCACCCCCAGGUGCUCUGCGACCCUCCCUUCCUCCCCCAGCCACAGAUGUGCCUGCAUGGAGCUGGACGCACCCGCCCUGAACUUCCCCCUCUCGCCACAGAUGUGCCUGCACGGAGCUGCUCUGUUGACUUGCAUCGGCUGUGUCUCCUCCCUCGCAGGGCGAAGGAGAGAAGCCAGCACUGCCCUUCCAGGAAGAGGACCGGGGGAAGGCGGAGGAGAGAGCCGCGGGUGCCCUCUGAGCGCCCCGCUCCUUCGUGCCCUCCCUCCCCGAGCUCUGGGCCGGAGUCACUCCGGAUGGCGGCGCCUGUGUGAACAGGGCUACUGUGUGACAGCUGAGCUGAUUUUUCAAACAGGUUGGCUUGGAAGGAGGUGGAAGUGGAAAUGUCCAGAGGAGGAGCAACACAUGGGACCUCCGAGACUCAGGACCGGGGAUGGGCAUGGAUGGUCUUGUUGUCCACUGUGCUGCUUCAAGGACUGACGCUGACCUUUCCCUCUUGCAUCGGAAUCUUCUUCACAGACCUGCAGCAUGAGUUCCAAGCCACCAACAGCGAGACAUCAUGGUUCCCAUCCAUCAUGACAGCAGUGCUGCACGCGGGCGGGCCCCUCUGCAGCGUCUUGGUGGAGCGAUUUGGCUGCAGGCUCACAGUAAUGCUGGGUGGCCUGCUCUGUGGAGUGGGCAUGGUUGCCAGCUCCUUCUCCAAGUCCAUCAACCACCUUUACGUAACAGCCGGCUUCAUUACUGGUCUAGGAUCCUGUUUUGGCUUCCAAGCAGGAGUGACUGUGCUGGGUUACUAUUUUGUGCGCCGACGGGCUUUGGCCAAUGCCCUUGCAUCCACCGGUGCCUCCAUCGGCCUCACGCUGUGGCCAUUGAUCUCUCAGUACUUGCUGGAUGAGAUGGGCUGGAGAAACACUUUCCUCAUCUUUGGGGGGGUACUAUUGAACUGCUGUGUCUGUGGGGCCAUUAUGAGACCAGUCCAGCUUGGGCCUCCUGCAUCACCGCUGCAGCCCAGCCCUGGAUACGAGCCAGGCAACUCGGCUGAAGAUGCACAGCUGUCCAAUGGAGCUACCCCUCAUCAGGUGGAGACCCCACACCAGGCCAGGUUUGCUGCUUGCAGGAGGACUCUGCAGAAGUACCUGGCUUUUGAUAUCUUCUGCAAAAACAAAGGCUACCAGAUUUACACCAUUGGUGUAACUUGGAUGGUGAUGGGCUUCGUGCUGCCCCUCAUCUACCUGGUGCCCUAUGCCAUCAGGAACGGGGUGGAAGAGCGCAAGGCUGCCCUCCUCAUCUCCAUCAUCGGAUUCAUCAACAUCUUCAUGCGCCCCAUGGCUGGGCUGCUGGCAGGACUCAACAUCUUCACCGGGAAGCGGACGUACCUGUUCAGCCUGGCCGUGCUGCUCAACGGGCUCAGCAAUCUCAUCUGUGUCAUCUCAGCCGACUUCAGCGUGCUCAUUCUCUACUGCCUCAUCUACAGUGUGUCCAUGAGCGGCGUCGGGGCGCUGAUAUUCCAGGUGCUGAUGGACGUGGUGGAGAUGGACAGGUUCUCGAGUGCCUUAGGGCUCUUCACCAUCCUGGAGAGCGUCACCAUCCUCCUUGGACCCCCACUCACAGGUCUUCUGGUGGAUAUAACUGGCCAGUUCAGUUAUGUCUUUUAUGCCUCCAGCUUCUUCAUGGUGUCAGCUGCGCUCUUCAUGGGUUUCAGUUUCUAUGCUUUGGACAGUAAGAACAAACUGAAAGAAGCUCCAAAGCUAGCCACCAAUAACCCCACCGGAUACCAAUACACUGAAGUGCCAACUAACCAAGAGCCUGAAAAACAAGCCCCUCCUGCAGUCAUGUACAUCACAAGCAUCUGAACGAAGAGGAACCCAUAGAAUUCUGUGGCCCGCAACGCAACGAGUAGUGUAACUGGAGAUGGGGGGAGGAGGGAGGAAGGGAAUGCCUCCUUUCCACAGUAACCCAUCUGUGUCUUGCAGUGAGCAUCUACUCAGCAAUGCUGCUUCAGACUUUAGGUGGAAGAUCCAGAUCAGAGUCAGAGCCCAGAGCCUCAAACCAGCAAGAAAGCCAAAGAACAAGGAGCACUUCUUAUAUCAGGUGCAAGGCCCUAAGGCAAGGAUAGUUCUGUGACUUACCAUGCGUUACUUUAAGCUACUAGAAUUAAAUUGACAGUGACUUUUAAAAAAAGACUCUAUAUUGCUUAUAUAUUUCAGUUUUUAAGACUGGAAAAAGAUUUAUUAGGUUAUGCACUACAAUGGUUCCUGACACAGAAGCAUCUAUCAGCCUUGGAAGAGAUAAGUACCGCUGAAUUGCCUUGUUUGGACAUGCCAACCUAGCAAAGAUUAAUCUCACAGUGAAGUCAGCUGGGUGCCUCCCCCACAGGGGCAGGGAAACCCCUUUCCUAGAGGAUGUUUUGCUGCUUUCUCCCAUCUGUAUGGAAUAUUACAUGGGUUGUAGAAGCUGGGCUAGCACCUGCAAUCAGUUGCACUUAGGUCAAAAUGAAUCUUUUACAAACUAGUAAUCAUUCCUGCAUUUCAAGGACAUUUCCAGGGACACAAAGCUUUAAAUUCAAAGCCCCAAUAAAACUGAACGGACUCAAAGUGCCUGCAUUUUAUAGCUUGUGCCAUGUUUUAAGCGCUCUCCUCUUCAUCUUUACCAAGGUGUGCUGCAAGAAUCUGACAGUUCAUGGCCAAUGUAAAUGCACUAAAAAACAGGGUGAAUGAGGGGCAAAUACAGUGAUGGACAUUUAUUUUCUUUCCAGCACUAGUCCAGGGCUAGUACUUUGAAAAAUGUACUGGGCCUGAAAGCAAUUUCAGUAGUCUACAUGUAGGGCCAAAUUCAGUUAGGGUAAGGGAGACUCUUGCACUUAGAAGAUCAGAUCCUCAUUUUAUGUACAUUUGUGUAGCUCCUCAUCCAGACUCUGACUUAAUUACACCCAUUUUCCAAUAUAAAAGGGAGUCUACCCUAUGGUCAUUUAAAUGGCAAAGAGUCAGAAGAAAGUAGGGGGUACAUUUAGUUUUACUUACACAUUCUCACACACCCCUGUUAGUGACCUUUCUUACUAUAUUCCUUUUCUGUGGCCUUAGCAUAUGAGUUUUACUAGUUUGAACUCCCUUUGGUCCCUUAGGGUAUGUAUAGACUACAUGGCUCCGUUGACAGAGCCAUGUAGAUGAGUUUACUAGACAUAGGAAAAUGAAGCAGUGAUUUAAAUAAUCGCCGCUUCGUUUACAUCAAAAUGGCCGCCACGCUGUGCCGAUCAGCUGUUUGAUGGCACAGCAAGGCAGACUGGACGCGAGGCGGUCGACAAGCAAAGUCUUU